AUCCACAAAGAACUACUAAAGAAGAAGAAGAAGAAGCCUUUCAAAGAUGCAUAAAAACCACUCCUUCAAGCAUCUCCUCCUCGUGGCCUUCUUCUUCCUUUGCUUCAUCUCUCCAUGUGCUCAAGCAGGAAGGAGGUUGAAAGAAGUGGCCGUUAGUGAAGAGAAGCAUGAAGAAGUACUAGUAGCUGUAGAAGCGAAGGAGCACGGCAACAAGUUAGACAAUUUGGAGGUCCCAUCCAAAGAAACCCAUUUGCCGGAUCCCGACGAGCUCGUCGGGAUGGACUAUUCUCCGGCGAGCAAGAAGCCUCCUACUCAUAACUGAUUGGCCGCCGGCCGGAGGAACUCUUUUUUUUUUUUUUUUUUUUUUUUUUGUAGAAAUCGUUUUAGUGGGUAUAUAUAUACCUUUUGAUCAGCCUGUAGGUAAUAGAUUGAGAUUAAGUUUGAUUAGAGUUAUUUAAUUAGACAUAGAUACAUGGAAAGGUGAUGUAUAGAUAAGCUUUUUGGAGAAUCAAUUUUGAGAAGAUUCACUAUGUGUAACUAUCCAUUGUUAAUCCUCGAGGGUUAUAAGUAAAUAUACAAUAAACCCUUGGACUUAAAAUAACCUCCCUCAAAUUGAUGAUGAUUUCUCGAACAUUAAUUUUUCUUGUAGAAGACCGAGAAUGACGCGCGUGUAGUGACAGUUUUCUUUAGCAAGUUGGACAUAUCGAAUCCUCCAAAAUUACAUGAGAAAACUUGACUGAACCAUCACAGUUCAGCUACCGCAUAUAAUUAAUAAAUGUUUAUAUCCCAUGCGAUCACCAAUUAUGUGAUCUGUGGCGAUCGAUCGCCAAUCAGUCACGAAACAAGAAUGAUUAUCAAACAGUAAUAUAUACCACGAAUCGGUUAUGAUCAUUGAACAUGAAUGAUUCAGCACCAAGCUAAUUAAGUUAUGGCUCGGCUUUCAGAGACCCGACACCUAAUUAGUCAAGCUACAUAGUUGCAAAUUGCAUCCUAACAUGUCAUCGAGAAUUAAUGUCACCACAAGAGAUCCAUCUCUCCAAGUCAAGAUAAGGAAAAUACAGAGAGAAGAAAGACAAACAAGAAACAAAAUUGUUAGAAAUCCUCUUUCUAUGGCUUUUAGAGACUGAUGUUGGGCACCUGCGAUUAUAUAUAAUGAUAGAGAUUUAGGGAUGGAUAAUAGAAUUUUGGAGAUUUAGAUAGGAGAUUUGUGGAGGUUAGGAAGUGCUAAUUAAAGCCUUUGAGGAAGAGAAGACAGAGAUUUUGAGAGGAUUUUGGAGAGAUUAGGAUUGGGAUAAUUUUAUUAAUGUUCUUCUUGAUUCUCUGAUAAUGAAAUCCAACGUGUACAUAUUUAUAGGAAAAUAUAUUGAAACCCCCAAAUAAUAACCUAAUACGCGUACUACUCAAAUAGUAGUAACUUUAACAAUAAUUACCAACGUAUACAUAUUUAUAGGAAAAUAUAUUGAAAACCCUAAUAAUAACUUAAUACGUACUACUCAAAUAGUAGUAACUUUAACAAUAAUUAUAUAUCCUACCAUAAAUAGUAGGAAAAUCCCAUAAAAUUAAAGUGGGUUUCUAACAAAGAUCCUACGUUUGGAACUUCACGAUCUGGGGAUUUGAUUUUGAUCAUUGAGAGGACCGGCGACCGGCCGGUGGCCGGGGUUUGGUUAUAUGUGAAAGCAAAUCGUGAACAGGUGCCGCCAUGCAAACGAACUCGAUCGAUCUCCGACUUUGUCAACGUCGAGUAGUGCAGAUGGGAAACACAGCCAUGUGAGGCAUAUCACACCAUGCACCUUCCUCUUCUCCCUCCCAACCGUCCCUAGCUCCCAAUUGCAAAUAAAUACAACGAUAACAACAACAAUCAAGGUUUUGUGAAAAUGACCCAAAGACACUCUCCCUUCCACACUCCACAACCCUAGACAUGGGCCGAGCUGCCCACCCCAACAAGAUAUCUAAGUUGUAUCAUUUCUCUCAAAAGUUACAAUCCAACUGUACUCCAACUUGUCAGGGAGUUAUGAUUUUGUUCACACUUUUAACACAAUUGGUUUGUUAGUAAACCGUAUAGGGAUCC